GUGUGUGGUUCUGCUACUAAUUCUAUCAUCCCUCUUCUGACUCCCCCCUAAAACUAAAACCCCUUUCUCUUUCAAUGAAGAAAUCACCCAAUCAGUAGAAAAAGAAGAUAGAAAGAAAGCUGUGUUCUUCAUCUCUGUAUCCAUUGGAUUGAUUGGUUGACUGAAUGAGCUCUCAUGCCUUUAUUAGAUAUUGCUACAUCACAACCUACUUUCGGAAAUCAUUUUUGCACUUCUUCGAGGUAUCAGACAUUACUUCAUGGUAAUACUACAUCUGUUAAACUUGUUAAUUUUGGAAAGGAGAAGAGAUUGUUUUCUACAUGGGAGGUGUCAAUUCAGAUGCCAACAAAAGUUAGGUUUGAUAUGGGGGGUAAUAGACGAGGAAGAGCGCUGCUGAUUAAGGCAGUUGCUACGCUUGAGCCUAAGUAUUUGGUUCAGAGUGCAGAAGAUAGAAGUGCGAAUUUGGAACUGGGUUCAGAGGCGGCUUCGUCUCAGUAUCUUGGUGAAGAAGAUGAAGCCGAAGUUGAUGAAAGAGAGAGAUUAAGACGGUUGAGAAUCUCCAAAGCAAAUAAAGGGAAUGUUCCGUGGAACAAAGGCAGGAAGCACAGUGCAGAGACUCUACGCCGGAUCCGAGAAAGAACCAAAAUUGCUAUGCAAAAUCCUAAGGUUAAAAUGAAGUUAGUGAACCUGGGACAUGCUCAGAGUGAAGAGACAAGGAACAAAAUUGGGGUUGGAGUGCGAAUGGGGUGGCAACGGCGGCGUGAGAAGUUGAUGGUGCAAGAAACCUGCUGUUUUGAGUGGCAAAACUUGAUUGCAGACGCUUCUAGAAGAGGAUAUGCUGGGGAAGCAGAGCUGCAGUGGGAGUCGUAUGAAGUUUUGGAUGAACAGUUGAAGCGAGAGUGGAUGGAAAGCAUUGAGCAGAGGAGAAUGGCACCUAGGCCGAAGGGGAGUAAGAGGGCACCCAAAUCCCUCGAGCAAAGGAGGAAAAUAUCAGAAGCAAUAUCUGCCAAGUGGGCUGAUCCUAGUUAUCGUGAGCGGGUUUGUGAUGCUCUGAACAAGUAUCACGGAAUACCUGAAGGUAGAGAGAGGAAGCCAAGGAGAAAGCCUAGUGGAGAUAGAAACGCUGCGAGAAAGAAAGCUUAUAGUGAAGCUGAGAGUGACGCUAAACGCCGAGCGAAACCUAAGAUUAAGAAAAGUCGUGCAGCACCGUACAAGGAUCCAUUAGCGGAUUCUAAGUUGGAGAUGAUAAGGAAUAUCAGAGCGCAGAGGGCUGUUACAGAAACCAAGAAAAUAGAAGCUGUGGAACGUGCAAAGUUAUUGAUUGCGGAGGCUGAGAAGGCUGCCAAGGCCCUAGAGGUGGCUGCAACAAAGAGUCCUCUUGCACUAGCUUCUCUUAUGGAAACCAGGAAACUAAUUGCUGAAGCAACUCGUUCGAUCCAAGCUGCAGAGUCUGGGCAGAUUUCAUAUCUUGGAAACAAGAAGGACAGUUCUCCUUUUGACUUGAAUGAAGAUCUACUCGAAGAUGAAACAGGUGAAAAAGAUGAAAAUAUGCCUUCACCUGACCAGAAAGAAGUAAAUGGUACUCAUGUCUACUCUGACGCGAUAUCAGACUUCGAGUUUGGUAACUUUGAUCUUGAAGGCCUGCUGGAUGAUGACGAACUUUUGGAGAUGGAAGGUCUAGAUGAUGAUGACGAUGAUGAUUUCGUACCAGCUCAAGUAGAAGUCAAUGGUUACAGUCACAAGCUUGAUCCAAAAUCUGAACUAGCAGUUCCUGUUGAAGAAAUGCAAGAAGCUAUCAAGUCUCAAAGCACCGCGCAGGAAGUACCGGUGAGCAACAAGGCAGAAAAGACUAGUGUGCGUUCUAACAACACAACAGUCAAGAAGAAAUGGAUCCGUGGGAGACUAGUUGAAGUAGAAGAAGACUAGAAUUGGGCCUGCAAGAGAUAAAACCAAAACUGUUAAUGCUGGUUUCGAACUCUAAAAGUUUCCCGGUCUGACUCAAGAAGCCCUCACAAUCUGAACAGACCUGCAAGAUUGGAGAGGUACACUUGUGUUUUUUUCCUAACUAUGGCUUUUUGGAGUUCUAUAGUUAUUCAUAUAGUUAGGUAAGAUUUAGGGAAAUCGCAGUUAGCAGAUUAUCCGUUGGAUGGCUGUUGUUAUUGUAUAUGCUAAUGUUAAUGGAGACUCUGAUAAUCACAAACAGUAAUAGUUCCAAUAGUAUUAGUUCUUCUUCUUCUUCUACUCACAUUUUUCAUUUCUGUAAUUGUAUAAGCUGCAAUUUUGUCAACUUGUUACUGUUAGCCCUGCA